GCUGGCGGCUGGAGCGCUGUCCCACCCUGCCUUGUGCCGCUUGUUUCAGAGGCCGAGGGGACUGGCAGUGGAGCACCAGGACCAGACACCCCAGCGAUGACCAGCUCCCCCGUCUCCAGAGUGGUCUACAACGGCAAAAGGAACAGCAGCCCCCGCUCGCCCACCAACAGCAGCGAGAUCUUCACCCCUGCCCACGAGGAGAAUGUGCGCUUCAUUUACGAAGCCUGGCAGGGCGUGGAGCGAGACCUGCGCAGCCAGCCGCCCGGCGGGGAGCGAGGCCUGGUGGAGGAAUAUGUGGAGAAGGUCCCCAACCCAAGCCUAAAGACCUUCAAGCCCGUCGACCUGAGUGAACUGAAGCGCCGAAACCCUCAGGAUGCCAAGAAGUCCUAGAGCCCUCGGCACCCCUUCCCUGGCUUCCGGAAGAUCAGGGUGCACGUGACGUUGGUUCCCUCCUGUCUGUGAGCCCCACUUCGGGAGGGGGAGAGGCGGCCGCAAACCCCGGGCCAGCUCCUCCUCCCUGAGCCCUCUCCUAGCUGUCCUCUGGGCAUCUCAAGUUACCAUUGCCACUGGGGAAGCAGGGGUGCGGCUCUGCCAGUCCCUCUGUGCUGUCACCUGUCCCUGCGCUCAACCUCCCGUCCUGGCCGCUUCAGGUUGAGGAGGGGAGGAGGGGCCGUGUUCCCUGGGCUGCAGGGACUGGCUGGUUUUGUCCUUGAGAUGACCAAGAAGUAGGACUAUCCCAUCCAGCUGGCCCCUCCCCCAGCCCCACGCCUGCUGCUCCCCUGGCCCGGAAGCUUGGGAGCGCCACUCCCCUGCCCCGUUGUCCCGCCUGCCCCUCCCUGCCUCAGCUUCAGAAUGGCACCCCCUCCGUGCCUGGGUCAGCGCUGGCCUCGCUGAGGUCCCCGCCACCAGGCCUGGCUUCCCGGUGCUCUUGGGCAGGGCACCAAGGCCGUCCUGAAGGCAUGGUGCUGCCCAGCCCGGCCUGGCUCUCCGGGGUGUGCCGUGUGCCGGGAGGGUACGAAGGGCCCCUUCCUCUUCCUGUGCUCUCUGGAAGCUCUGGAGCCCGAGGGUCUGUGAAUAAAGGUGGGAGGCACUGG